UGCGUCUGCGCAGAUCUCACACAUGUCCGGAUGGCCUCCUCUCGCCGGUAGACGUGCGCAGGUCGACUCUAUAGCUCGUUUGAUAACGCAGCCGCUCGCGUAACCGCCCUCCCGACAACCUUGCGUCGUAGUUAGCGCUUCACCCCCCCACCCCAAAAAAAACAUGGCCGACAAGACUCCUCAGGAGCCCGGCGCUCGCUUCGCGACCCGGAUAGAACCGACGAAAGAGGACAUCUCCCGGGGACAGAUGCACUUCAUGCGGCACGUAGAGCUCGAGCAGUGGAAGAAGAAAACGCAGAAGCUGCGGACGCGAAACGUCGUCACGGGAAUCGCCAUUGGAGCGCUCGUUAUGGGGAUCUACGGCUACACGUUUUACUCGGUCGGCAAGGAGCGGGUCAUGGAUGAACUGGACGAAGAGGCCAAGCGCUCAAGACUCCAGGGACCGAAGACCGGGGCCAACUGAGGCAGCAGCGCUGUUGGACUGUCUGUCCUGGACUUCACUGAGGAGGGAUUUAUGUGGACUCUGGUGCCACUGAUUUAUAUUCCAUUGGUGGCCGCUGUUUUUUUAAAAUGUUAAGACAGCGGCGGACUUUGUUUUUGUCUUGAUUGUUGACGGUGAGGUUCUGCUCCGCUGACUUUGAACUAGAUGUGUGUUGAUUUUGAUUAAGUUUGCCAGCAGAAGGGACUACUCCACUGAUCUUACACGCUUUCCAGAAGGCCAGACUUUAUUGUAAUUACCACCUUUUAUCAUGUGACGCGCAUAUAGUGUAAGGGAAAUAUUCACAAUUUCUGUUGGCUAAUGAGGUCAAAUCAACAGAGGCCUUUUAACAGCAGAGAAACUGCUGAAAUGACACACGGAUAACCUGUUGAAACCUGUCUAUAAAGUAAUAAUUUGUAAAAUAAAACUCUAAAGUAUUGGA